AUGCCUAUUCCAAGUGCUGCUCCCGAAAAGUUCAAGAAGGAAUUAGCUGAGACUGCCAAGGCUAUCGUCGCUCCAGGAAAGGGCAUUCUCGCUGCUGAUGAAUCUACUGGAACCAUUGGAAAGAGAUUCGCACCCAUCAAACUCGAAAAUGUAGAGGAAAACAGAAGAGCCUACCGUGAACUCUUAUUCACCGCUGGCCCUGGUGAACUACCAAACUACUUGGGUGGUGUCAUCCUCUUUGAAGAAACUCUCUUCCAAAAGACCGAAUCUGGAAAACCAUUCGCUGACUUGUUGCGAGAACAAGGUAUCAUUGUCGGAAUCAAGGUUGACAAGGGUACCGUUGACUUGCCAGGAACUGAUGGUGAAACCACUACUCAAGGAUUGGAUGGUUUGGCUGAACGUUGUGCUAAAUACUAUGCUGCUGGUGCUCGUUUCGCUAAAUGGCGAUCUGUCUUGAAAAUCAGCAACGGAUGUCCAUCUCAAUUAGCCAUGGACGAAAAUGCAAAUGUCUUGGCUCGAUAUGCUGCCAUCUGUCAACAAAACGGUCUAGUCCCCAUCGUAGAACCUGAAAUCCUCAUGGACGGUGACCACGACUUGGACCGUGCCGUAGAAGCUACAACAUCCGUAUUGGCUGCUUGCUACAAGAAGCUCGCAGACCACCACAUCUACUUGGAAGGCUCUCUGUUGAAACCAAACAUGGUCUGCCCUGGUCAAGACUGCAAAAUCAAAUAUACUCCUCAGGAUAUAGCCCAUGCUACUGUCACUGUACUUCGACGAACAGUCCCUGCUGCUGUUCCUGGAGUCACCUUCUUGUCUGGUGGUCAAUCUGAAGAAGAGGCUACAUUGCAUUUAAAUGCAAUCAACACAAUGCCUGGUCGUCCCUGGUCAUUGACAUUCUCUUAUGGUCGUGCUUUGCAAGCUACUGUCUUGAAGGUAUGGGCUGGUAAGAAGGAAAAUGUCGCUGCUGCUCAAGCUGCUCUCCUUGUCCGAGCUAAAGCAAACUCGGAAGCUCAACUGGGCAAAUACGCUGGCAGUGCUGCUGGCUCUGGUACUGAAUCACUCUAUGUCAAGGAUUACAAGAGCGACCACACACCCGAAACGUGCUCACCUCUCACCUUGCAACUGCCCUCAAAAUCAGAGUCAACAACCACUUUUACUACAAACCAAGAACACUGCCUUAACAACCUCGCAUUCCUAGAAAAAACAGUCCGAAAAUAUCCACUUGCCCAACGAACGCUCUACAAUAUCAAGAGGGAGGAAAAGAGCACCAUCAUUCAACCAGCACUCGACCUAUAUUCAUUCCCAUCCGAUCAUUCCAUACGUAAACCUAGUGUCUUCUUCUCAUCACAACCAAGACAUCAGAAGACACUUGCCACCAGCACAACACACUUUACCACGCUGCAUUACCCCAUGCAGUCUAGUUUCAACCAGCAGCAGCAGAUACCGAAUACCACACUUAUAAAUCAACCGCAGCAGCCGCCGAAGAACCCGUCUCGAAACAUACCGAACGAAUCAUCCCUAACGCGAACGUCACCCAGCCGUUUGAAGAGGGGAUCUCUCAUAUUCGUAUAUAUCCAAAAUCUUAUUUUAUUCGACACAUCAUCACCAUCAACAUAUAAAUUACGACCACCACCCACCAACCUAACCACAACCACAACAACCACAAACACUUAUCAUCACAUAAUAGCAAAGAUGAAGUAUUUGGAAGUUGACUCAUUGGAAGAGUUAAAUACUGCCUUGUCUUGCGUUGAUACGGGAGACUCGAGAGUAUUUGGCAGGAUUGAAGCUUAUUCGUGCAAAAACACAUACGACGACAAGAAACUAAAGCAUCGAAUCGAAAGCAAGUUUAAUGGAGCAUCUCAGAGUCCUGAGAAUGAAGACGAAGGAGGAGCGGUUUUAGGGUCAUCCUAUAAUACCAGUUAUGGUCCUACUAUGGAUGCAGCCAUCGCUACUUCUGUGCCAUCCCUAGUGGUUGGUUCGCCUUUUGGUCCAUUGUCGCAAGCUACAUCGAGAAAGACCUUGUUUUAUCUGUUGGCUACGCUGAACGCUGCUUUUCCUGAUUAUGAUUUUACCGAUGUAAAACCAGAAUACUUCAACAAGAUACCGGCCAUUAGUUUUGUGACAAGCAAAGUCAAUUCACUCUUGUUCGAUAACACUGGUAAUGACGACAACACAUUCGCCAAAACCGUCGGAAAUAAAAUUUGGACGGCUAUUGAUGAAGUGGUCAAAACCAACGAGUGCGAUAUAUACUCGUUCAAUCCAGACUCUGAUAUUGAACCUGAUGCUGAAGAAGGCAAUCUUUGGUCCUUUUAUUACUUCUUCUUCAACCGACGACUUAAGCGCAUGAUUUUCUUUUCAUGUCGUGCAGUCAGUUUCUUGGCUCCUCUCCAGCCGGGUGAGGAUGACAUGUUGGUAGAUGAUGAUAUGGAAUUCUUGGACGAAGAGGAUUCUCAAGUCCUUCCUAGCUCUGCAGCGGAAAGAUUCCGUUUUGAAUAUGGUGAAUUUUCAAACAUGCGAGUGGAAGUCUAG